AUGAUUUCCUGCAGCCAUACCGGCAAGACAGAAACGACCUGGUGGAGGCUGAUCCUGCCGGCCAUGUACAGGAUCACAUCUGUUAGCAUCACCAACAGGAAUGACGUACCCGAGAGGAUCAACAAUGCCAUGAUCCUGAUUGGGAAUUGCCCGAUGAACAACGGCAACAACAACCCAAUCUGUGCUGUUAUCCCGUCCAUCCCAAGUGGAAGCACCAAAACAUUCAACUGUGGAGGGAUGAUAGGCCGGUUUGUCAAUGUGUAUCUGAAUUCCGAAUAUUUGACAAUAUGUGAGUUGGAGGUGUACGGAGAACUGGUAACUCCUUCGCCCUCCUUCGGUGCGGUGGUGAUGGGCCGGAAUGUAGUCGUGGUGGAAAAGAAGCUGAGCUGGUCGGACGCCGUGCUCUACUGCAGGGACUUCUACUGGGACCUGCUGAGCAUCCGCAGUGAGGAGGAGCAGGUGGAGGUGGGGGAGGUGCUGAGCACCACCUCAUUUCCCCUCACCCAACACGUUUGCAACACCUAG